UGUGACAGCGAUUAAUGUAUAGUACCUACUUAAAUGAGGUUUAAGUGCACAACUUUUCAGUACACCACGAACUGUUGUUAAUUUACAAGCAAACGAAGAGUUGUCGUUAUCAUCGAGUGAUAAUGUCGCUCACGAUAUUAUACCUUAUUGUUGGCUUUAUAGCCACCACGGCCAAUGCCGGCUACGUAUGGGAGGAUGAAGACGAUUCCUCAAAGCAUCAUCACGAUAAGUUUCCUCAUAUAAAUUUCCCCGAUUUCCCAAGUUUCCCGCAAUUCACUUUCCCGGAUUUCCCGGAAUUCCCCACCAUCCCACCAAUGGAGUUCCCGAAACCUCGCAAGGGCUUCAGUGGCGUCUCCGUGAGUGCUUCAAGCUCAGCGGGCAUUGGGAAAGAUGGGAAGGAACGCAAGAGUGGUGGUGCCACCGUCAUUACUAGCAGAGAUGGCGUGGAGAAGAAAAUGUCAGUUGGGGACGACCCUUCAAAUGUUAUGUACAUGCCAUUUUGGCAACCCAACUUCCCAUCAUUUAAGAUGAUGGAUGCCGAUACUCAGAAGUCAGACAAGCCUGGCAAGAACGAGCACUUCGUCAGUUCGUCCGCUUCGUCCUUCAGUUCGGCGUCCAGCAAGAAUGGGGUCUCACAUUUGGAAGGAGCGGCAAACGUUUACCAGAAUGUCAAUGGGAAAACCGACGAACAAAGCGUCCACGUGACCGAUAACGAUGUGUGAUCUGUUACAAAAUGCGUUACUAUUAGGUACCUAUUAUAAUGCCAUAAAACUAAGAAGAAUAAAGUAAAUUCUGUCGUAGCUAAUA